AGAAAGUUAGCCUAAUGCGUUAGCCCAAGUGCAACUCAUCCACCACCUAAUCCCAACUCCAUAAUUCAACAAUUUGCUUUUUCUAUAUUUGAGAAGAAGGAGUUAUUAAAUUUAUCUUCUUCUUAUUGAUUCUAUGUUUUAAAUCCUUUUAACAAGGUAAUUCUCUGUCAAACCGCCGCAUUAGUUUUCCUACAUUUUUUAUUCAGUGAUAGAAUUCUGCGUCGAUUUCUAUAUUGUCUUAUUUACUUUGCGUUUUAUAUUUCUUAUUCUUUCAUUUUAACGCCAUAUCACUCUCGUUUUGAUUUUAUUUUUAUAUUUUGCGGUUUGUUCUAUUUCUAGCAAAAAUCUUUAGUUUUUUUAACCUUUUGUCGUUCGUUUUUGGUUAUUUUUCUACAUCUUACAUUAACUUUCUUCUUUCUUCUUUUUAUUUUUCAUUUUUAUUCCUAUUCUUCUUUCUUUAAGUGCCUUUUUAGCUAUCCUCUUUACGACUUAUUAUCAUUUUACCUUUCAUUCAGGGGUAUUUUCUUUUCUUUACUUUUCUUUUGUUGUUUUUGUUUUUGUUUUUUUGAAAAUGUCUGAAGUGCAACAUCAACUAUCAAGUGGAGGGCUAAGUAAAAUCCAAAGUAGUCCUUUGUCUGUCGAUACAAGUCUGGAUGGAGAGAGCUUGGACGGUUCUCGUCGUAGUGGUUAUCACGGACUUUCUCCGUUGGAUGCCCUAGCUCGAAAACACCGCGAUUUAACUCGUCAACUUAACUUUCAUAGUUAUGCGAAUUCUCCGAUUUCUAAAUCUGAAGACUCUCUUGUUUUACCCAAAGACAAAGCUCCUCGAACUUCUGUGUAUCGAACAAGCUCUCCUCUGACUCCUUCUGAAUCACAUUCCUCCACGACAAUGCAAGGUCCCAGUGUUUAUGAUGAGGAUCAUUAUUAUGUCGCUCAACAACUGAGCAGCGUUUUUGGCACUCCCGAUAAUGACGAAGAUGACGAUUUUGAAUACUCCGAAAAACUUUACGCCGAAUCCCGCUUGUCUUCAAACUCUGAAGAUAAUGAUACUGUCGCCAAUCACUUUGACGACGAUGAAUACUUUAAAUCUCUGCAUCCACCCAACGCUCCUUACCGUCAACAGCUUGAUUUCCUAAAACCGAAUGAUUUGACGUUGCCUGCUUCAUCUCCUCAACGUGAAUAUAAACCCAGCCCUUCCUCCACCGGUCGUCCUCCCGUACUCAGGGCUUCUACCUCUCCUACUAUUCUUGGAAACUCAUCUCCAGCUGUGAGAUCCUUGGAAAGCACUCUGACCGUCUCGCAUUCAAGUGAAGCUUUAAACUCCCCGGAAACUGCUGCAGAAUUUUACAAUAUCAGCAACAUUUCCAAUUCCUCUAACGUAGGUGAUUUUUCUGCUAUCAUAAGAGACCAACAGAACGAAACAACUACCACUAAUCAAUCAUCAUCAUCCCUUGAUUCACCGCUGGGCAGUCAAAGCCGUCAGUCCGCAUUACAUGGAACACUUCACUUUACAAGAUCUGCACCCAAACAUCAAACGGUUUCUAUUUUCAGAACCCAAUCUCCGUUUUUGAAGAGAGCUGAUAAAGAAAGGGCUAACCUCAACAAAACAAUGGUCUCCAUUAAUAAAUCCAUCAACAUUUAUCAAAGUUUUGCCGAAAAUAAAUUACCCAGCGCUGACUUGAACAAUUCAUUCAGAUUACUUCCUCUUUCUAUUCGGUUAGAAUAUCCAAUCCUUCGACAUUUGGAGUUUUCAUUACAAGCUUUAACAAUGAGCGCCAUUCAAUAUAUAGAUGAAAACCACGUUGAUAUCCCCUAUACCGACCUGAAAACUGACCUUAGCCCAUUUCAAAAUAACUUAUUCGAAUAUGAAAACCUAUCUAAAGAAAACCACUUGCAUCAAGCAAUUCGGUAUCAUCUUUCUAAUGAUUUUAACAAAGGCUUCUUACACUCCAGCUUUGCUGCUAGGCGUGAUGAUCACACGGCUUCUUUUAUUUAUGGAUUAUACCUUCGACAUGGACUAGCCUGUUCUCCAAAGACACAUGUUUCUUUUCUUUUCCUUCUUAAAACGGCUACUUUCCUUCUACGUGAUCUGUCAGUUGCCUUGCAAGAAGCUACCGUCAAUUCUGAUAGUACAUACACGUCAGGAUUAGAAACAAAACGAUACACUACAUACCGAUUAUUACUCGCCCUAGUCUUGUACGAGUUAGCCGUUUGCUUUAUGCAUGGUUGGGGCAUCACAAGAGACCGGCCUUUAGGAAUACAUCUCAUCAAGCUCAGUGGAGCUUGGGGAGAUGUUGAUGCUCAGUUUGAGGCAGGGAUUCAAUUUUCAUUAGGAACAGUUGCGGAUAAAGAUUCUCAAAUGGCUGCAAAUUACUUCUUGUUGGCUGAAUCACAGGGAUUGUCACCUCCACAAAAAUGCAAAUGGAUUUACAAAUCCAAGUACAGUCUUCCACUGAAUUACAAUGUCCCUGCAGCAAAAGAAGUGACCCUUGUUAUAAACAUAUUGGAAAAUAUUGAAGUUAAUACCGUGAAAUUGAACGGGAAGACAAAGGCGAAGUUUCGAAACUUCAUUUCGGCUGUUCGUUACCUUUAGAAAUGGACUCUUGCAUAGUUCAAAAGGUAAGACGAAUUGUCCUCAGUGUUUGUUUUGCUCUUUUAUUAUUUAUGUUCUUUGGUUCUCUCAGUUAUAAUAAGUAUCAGUAAAAGGAUGCAUUAACAAUUGUACAAUAUACCGAAUAAGAAAUAAUCAUCCAUAAAGCAACUACAGCUAAUUAAAUA